GGGAACUCCACCCACCACGGGUUCCAAACCGAAACAGGAAGUGGGCUCGGAACCUCGAACUCGGGAAUCACAGCUAGUUUUCCCGCGCCCUAGUGACUCGCGACUCGCGGGUGCCCUAGCCCCUGUCCUGUGUGUUACGAGUCCCUUCCUCUCCUCCUGCCCUGCGAACUCGUGAGAUCAUGUCGAACAUGGAGAAACACUUAUUUAACUUGAAGUUUGCUGCAAAAGAACUUAAUAGGAAUGCCAAGAAGUGUGAUAAAGAAGAAAAAGCUGAAAAGGCCAAGAUAAAAAAGGCCAUUCAGAAGGGCAAUACUGAAGUUGCAAGAAUACAUGCUGAAAAUGCAAUCCGUCAGAAAAACCAAGCAAUCAAUUUCUUGAGAAUGAGUGCUAGGGUUGAUGCUGUGGCAGCCAGAGUUCAAACUGCAGUAACAAUGGGCAAGGUGACAAAAUCCAUGGCAGGUGUAGUUAAAUCUAUGGAUGCUACAUUGAGGAGUAUGAACCUUGAAAAGAUUUCGGCCUUAAUGGACAAAUUUGAACAUCAGUUUGAAACAUUGGAUGUUCAAACCCAACAAAUGGAAGAUACAAUGAGCAGCACUACAACCCUAACAACACCACAGAACCAAGUGGAUAUGCUGCUUCAGGAAAUGGCAGAUGAAGCUGGGCUUGAUCUCAAUAUGGAGCUCCCCCAGGGUCAGACAGGCUCUGUUGGUGCAAGUGUUGCUUCUACAGAACAGGUAGAGAUUGAAUUUUAUUUUGACUUUCUGCCUGAUUUAUAUUUAAAUUAAUAAUUUAGGAAAUGU